GCACUAGCACGUCUCCUUGUCCCUCCUCUUGGCUGUGAGAUAAUUGUUUUGUCAGUGCGCUUCCUAGCUGUGUGUGAGCGCUGGCAGGCGGAGGGCCGGGCCUGGGGGUCUGUGGUCAAAGGUUUCCUCCUUGGCGCUCCCCCCUGAACGCUGUCGGCCUUCCUUAGCUGAGGGGUCCCCUGGGAGCCUUGUCAGCCCCGACCGCGCUGCCUGAACACGGGCCAGUGCAUCUGGCGCUCAGGGCGCGAUUCUCCUGCGGGCUGAAAUUGGAGAACCGCCGUCGUAUUUAGUCCACAAACGCAUCCUGAGAUCUCUGCAGAAAGGGAAAGCAUCUCUGCUUUGAGACCAGGAGACGAGAACAUUCUCGUCGCUGCCGCUGUGCGGGUCCCUGGAUUUCUGCGCGCUGGGUGACAUGGGGGACAAAAGAAGAGAUGCUGAGUUACAGAAAAAUAUGAUACAGGAUUCACUGAACUUUGAAGAUCUGGCUGUGGACUUUAGCCCAGAGGAAUGGGCUUUGUUGGAUCUUGCUCAGAGAAAACUCUACAGAGAUGUGAUGCUGGAAACCAUCCAGAAUGUGGCUUCCCUAGGUUUUAAGAUUCUACUUAAAGCUAAUGAAUCAGUUGUUCUGCCUGAUAAUAAUUUAGAAAAAGUAUCUAAAGAACAAAAAGUCCUAAGAUUCAGUAGAAAUGGUUCUUGGUUCUCUAUUUUACAUGCAAACUGGGAGCACUGUGGUAUUGAUGAGAGCAGCAAAAGCCACGGAAGACAUUUGAGAUCUGUCAAUAACAUGAAAUCGGAAAAUAAGUCAGGCUCUGCAAAAUUUGUUCUCCUGGGAUUGUCAGAUGAUCCAGACCUUCAGCCCCUUGUCUUUGGGCUGUUCCUGUCCGUGUACCUGGUCACGGUGCUCGGGAACCUGCUCAUCAUCCUGGCCGUCAGCUCUGACUCCCACCUCCACACCCCCAUGUACUUCUUCCUCUCCAACCUGUCCUUCACUGACAUCUGUUUCACCUCCACCACAGUCCCAAAGAUGAUUGCGGACAUCCACACUCACAGAAGAGACAUUUCCUAUGUGAACUGCCUGACACAGAUGUGUCCUUUUAUCAUUUUUGGAUGUAUGGAUGACUUGCUGCUAACCGUGAUGGCCUAUGACCGCUAUGUGGCCAUCUGCCACCCUUUGAGGUACAGUGUCAUCAUGAACCCCAAUCUUUGCUGGCUGCUGGUUCUGCUUUCCUUCCUCAUCAGUGUCCUAGAUGCCUUGCUCCACACCUCCACACUGCGGCUGUCAUUCUGCGCAAGCCUGGAGAUUCCCCACUUUUUCUGUGAACUGGAUCAUCUUCUCAAGCUUGCCUGUUCUGAUGUCCUCAUCAAUGACAUCCUGGUGUACUUGCUGACAGGUGUGUUGGGUGCUGUUCCUCUCUCAGGGAUAAUCUUCUCUUACACUCAGAUUGUCUCCUCCGUCCUGAAAAUUCCAUCAGCAGGUGGAAAGUACAAAGCCUUCUCCGUUUGUGGGUCUCAUCUAGUCGUCACUUCCCUGUUCUAUGGUACAGGUUUGGGGGUGUACGUCAGUUCUACAGCUGCUCAGUCCUCCAGGGAGAGUGCAGUCGCCUCAGUGCUGUACACGGUGGUGACCCCCAUGAUGAGCCCCUUCAUCUACAGCCUGAGGAACAAGGAUAUGCUGAGGGCCCUGGGGAAACUCAUCCCUACAAUAACAUCUUUCCUUUCAUAUGUCGGAUGCUUUUAGAACUGGAACAAGUCAAAGAGAGAUAGAAAAUAAAUGAUUUCUAAAGACUCACCAACGCCUUUGAAUAUAACCGAGCAGAGACCAAAUGAUAAAGGGAGAGAAUUGUGAAAUCAGACCACUUGGGCUUAGAUUCUACCUGUGCUAUGCCAUAGCUAUGUGUUAUGGUGUAGAUCUAACGUGUCCCCGGAAAGGCCAUGUAUUCCGAGGUUGGCUUCUUGGAGGGUGAGGGGAUCGUGGAGUGCUGUACUCAGUAGUGGAUUACUGAACAGUUUAGGACUGCAUGUGCUGGUAGAAAGUUGGGUCUGGUGGAAGAGGCCAUUCACUGGAGGUGUCGCCUGAGAGGCUCGUACCUCGCCCUUCAUAGCUCUUCCCUCCACUUCCUGCUUCUUGGCUACCACUGUGUGAGCAGCUGUUCUCUGCCAGGUCCUCCCACCAGGCCCUUCCUGCCACGGCACUGGCUGACUCUGAGCUGAAUCCUCAAAAGAUCGUGAGCCAAAAUGAACCUGUCCUUAAAGGUGUGGGUGUUGGCUAUUUUGUCCCAGUGGUGGGAAAAUGACUGAGGCCCUGUAAGUUCUUUGACAAUUUUCUUCAACUGGCUGAGUUCGCUUGCUCAGCGGUAAAGGCGGGUUAAGUAGAUGUAGUUCACACUUAGUCUUGCACUGGGGAAUGACAUUUUCGUCACAGAUGGACUGGAAUAUAUGAAGGUGGGUGGGCUCCUCAGUGAUAACGGAGCUAAGAACUUUGUCACCUAGUGAUGCUGGUAGCCAUGGCAACGCACAGUGCCAUCGUGGUGAUGGUGGAAUGAAUAAAUUUACUGCACUAUCAGUUUGUAUAAACAUAUACUAUUGUGUACAGUGUCUGAUACUAGAUAAUGAUGAUAUACAACUUUUUUCCUGGUUGGUUUACUUGCUGCACGUUGUGGCUGUUUCACAACGUGAUCCUGUUUGUAAGAAGUUUACUGUGCAUCACAAUGCUGUGUCACCUGGUUAAUAGCCUUGUAUGGUGUUUAGCACACAUGCUGCAUUAUUUUCUUUUUUAAAAAUCUUUAUUAAGUAUAUUGGUACAUUUUAGGUAUA